AUGUACUACUGUGAACCAUGUUUUUCGCUAGUGGAUGGGCUUAAUCCCAUUUCAGAUGAUGUGGAAUACACUGCUUUUAUAUCGGAUGUUUAUGGAAAAGAUGAUAUAAUUUUUGUUGAUAUCGAUCAUGCUGGAGUUGGAGUAGAUGGGUGGUUUGAUGAGGAUGGGGAGGAUAACGAUGAUCAUGAGUCUUGUAUUGAUGGUGAAAAUGAGGAUAAUAUAGAUGAACUUAGCAAUGGGAAUGUGGAAUUUAAUGAGGAUGUAGUUAUUAUGAAUAUGACGUCAAAUGAUCCUUUGAUGAUUGGGAGGGAUACAAAUGAUAAGAUAUAUCCAAUUGCUUGGGUUGUGGUAUGUAUAGAGAACAAGCAGAAUUGGAAAUGGUUUUUGGAACAUCUCAUUGAGGAUCUACACUUGAAUUUAGGAAAUAGAUUCAUUUUUGUGUCAGACCAACAUAAGGUGUUAAGUGAUGAGCAAUACGAUGAACAUUGGAAUAAAAAUAAAUGCAAAGUUAAAGGCUAUGGGAAGGUCACCAAUGACAAUUUUACAGUCAAUCGAGUAGCUUAUGUCAAAGGACUUCAACACAACUUGAUAAGUGUCUCACAACUUGUUGUGGGCACUCAUAAUCAAGAAGUUUUCGGUGAGGACUGA